AUGUCGUUAGUCGGUGUAUCGACAUCGACUUUAACAGAAUUCGAGCAGCAGUAUUCUCUUCAAACAGCUGAGGUGACAUCAACUAUAGCUCGCUUGCCGUCAUUGCCAGUAUCAGAACGACCAGCCAGUGUGCAAGCUGUACAACGUGUUCUGACAGAUGUGGCUGAACUACUGGAGCAGAUGGAACUCGCUGUGCGAGAUUUAGCUGCUGGAAGUGCUGAACGAACUAAAUACGAACUUCGCGUCAAGAGUUAUCGUAACGACAAACGUCUUUUGGACAGCGAGCUUGAGAAAGCCAUUAAGCGUCUACGCGAGGCUGCAGAUCGAGAUGAAUUACUCGCUUAUGAUGAAGCAGUGGAGAUGGACCAACAGGAAGAGCAACUGAUAGCGAAUACUGAGCGAUUAGAGAGAUCAUCGAGGAAAAUUCAAAAUGCAUAUCGCAUGGCUGUUGAAACUGAACAGAUUGGAACAGAAGUGUUGGGAAACUUGUCUCAACAAAGGGAAACAAUAAGUCGAGCUCGAGAAAGAAUGCGUGAAGCUGACGUAGAAUUGGGAAGGAGCAAUCGUUUGCUGAACACCAUGAUACGGAGCUAUCGCAAAACGACGACGUAUAUCGCUUGUGGAAUCCUACAAAGGCUUAUAUGUUAUCUCCGUUCGGAGGUAGGCUAUUUUCAGAUGUACAAUUAUCGAAAGCCCCCUCCAGAAUUACCACAAACCGAGUUUGUUGUGAUACAGUAUCCUGGAGUUAUCAAGAACCUCGAUCGUGCUCUCGACACUUUGGGUGGUUUGGCAAAAAUUUCUCAGAAUCACUUUGCUAGUCAAGCACUAGAGCUUCGUCACACACCAGAGAAUCCCUACACAAGUGCCUCAGUCUCCGAAAAGAAACUUGAUUCCACGGUUACUUCUGGUACGCUACGCUUGGUAAUGCAGUUCCGACGAAGAAAGAAGAAGCCUGACGUCAUAGAAACGACUUGUUUAGGCUUGGUGAACGUCUUAUAUACCUUUGAGACAAUGUGCGACUUCCAAUAUCUUCCGUUGAAAAAGCGACAGGAAGGUGAAGGAUUUGACGAUCUCAUCCCUCGUCUUAUACCAAGAGAUCUUCCAAGUGCCCUCUGCUGGUGGGACCGUCCAGACUCGUAUCCUGGCUACACCCCUUUGUUCCUGCCGCCCUACCAAUUCAGUCGCUACAACACUCCAUCCACGAAGAUGCUAUGCCGUGAAUCGGACUUCACGCUAGAAAAGAUCCGGAAAAGAACAGGACACGGGCAAAAUCUACGACUUGAACGAAAGGCGCUAUCAGUGACCGUGCAAGCUAACGAUCCGUUCCCGGUUGCUCCGACUGAGGAAGCUGUUCUUGAUGCAGAUUUUAGGUGUAAAAAUGAGGAGCCGCACAGAAUGUUGGCUGCACUAUUUCGAGAGCGCCCGAUGUGGACUAGAAAUGCCAUCGCUUACAAAACAGGUCUAGACGAGAACCUGCUCAAGACCUUAUUACAAAAGUAUGCAUUCUACAUCCAGUCGGGACCUUGGGGUCGGCUUUGGUGCAAGUUUGGUUACGAUCCUCGUACUGAUCCGGAGUCAAUGCUAUAUCAAACCCUGAUGGUUUCUUUCAGGUAA